AGCUCUCUAGCCCCGUGGGGCCUAAGCCCUCCCCGCCCUUCCUGGCACUGGGCAUGUCCCAAGCCAGGGCUAUAUAAAGCCUGGCCGCCUUUAAUCCCCGGACGUUGGUAUCAAGCCCAGGGCAGCCCAGGCCAGCCUAGGCCAGCGAGCCGAGCCGCCCCCUGCUCACCCAGCCUCUUCAUCUGCAAGAUGCUUUCCCUAGAUCAGCUGCGGCCAGAGCUGGCCCACUCUGUGGCCUCCAAGGACACCGAGGAAGAAGGGGAUGGGGAGCAGCAUGGGAGUCCAGAGCUGCCUCCGACAGGGCCUCUCUUGGGGUCCUGGCACCGGGAUGUGAACCUGACUUGUAAGAGCUCCCCUGAGGAGGGCACUGCCCGGGCGUGGACCACCUUCUACUACAACUUGUUACAGAGCUGUUUGCAGCAGGCGGGUCUGCCUGAGACUGUGGACCAUAGCCUAGAGCCUCACCCAGGCUGCCCCGGGGCAGAGGUGACCAUGUGCAUUCUGGGCUCCCCAAGUUCCUUCUUCUCUGUGCUGCUGGAGGGUGGGGCCCAGAGCCCAGGAAACCUGCUUUUGUGUCUGUCUCCGUCCUGGCUGACCAAAGUGCCCAUGGCUGGAAAACCAGGGGAGUCAGCCCUGCUGGUCUUGAAGGCUGUGACAUUCCAUCCAGGGGGCCUAACUUUCCUGGAGGAGUUUGCCCCUCCACGACGGGUCACCUACUUCCUAGGGGAGUUGGGACCGAAGGCUGGCCGAGGCCGGGAGGUGGCAGAGCUGAGCAGGGAUCUGGGCUGCCCCAUGGGGAGCUCGGCAGAGCUGGCCCGCCUUCUGGAGGACCGGCUACUUACCAGGCAGCUUCUGGCCCAGGGGGACAAGGUGGCCAUGCCCGCCACUCUGGCCUUGACGUACAAGCCCCCCCAGCAGCUGCGGGUCCAGGCUUGGACCCAGAGCCUGCGGCAGGUGGAGCUCAGUGACAAGGAGGGGCAGGAGGGGCUGGUGGAAGAGGAAGUGGAGGCCUUUCUUCACCUCGGAGCCCUGGGAGAUGCCCACCAGGUGGCAGUAAAGCCUUCAGGCUGGCGCUGGCGUGGGUCCCAGGCCAUGAGCCUGCAUCCAAGGUCAGAAGCAGGGGCAGUGGUCCGCGCAGUGCUGGCCCUGUUGGAGAAGCUGGAGGAGGAGGAGAGUAUCCUUGUGGAGGCUGUGUGUCCUCCAGCCUGGAUCCUGCCUCCUGAUGCCCCUGGGAGCCUCACUUCCCAGCCAGAGUUGGCCAUUCGGGCCUGUGCUGUAGUGUGCAGGACCCAGGGUGAUCGGCCUUUGAUGAGUCAGAUGGUGUGCAGUGUGGGCCGUCCAGAGCAGCCCCUGCGACACCAAGUAGCCCUGACGCAGAGCCUGGACACUGCUCUGGCCGCGUGUGGGCUGAGCGAGCCGGCCACCGUGGAGGCCCUGCGGCGUCGGCGGGAGGCUGCCGAAGCCGCCCUGGGAGCCGUGCUGGAGUUCGAGGCCUCGCUGAGCCCUGAGGAGCGGGGCGGCCGCCAGGCGCAAACAGACGUUCUCGGUGUGGACUUGGCGCUGACGCCCAUGGGCCCCGGAGGCUCCUUGAGCCCUGUGCUCCUGGAGCUCAACAACUGCCUAUGCCUGGAAGCCUGCGGGCUCCUGGAGGGACAGUGGGCCCGGCGGGGCCAGCGUUCUCAGUGGGCAGCCGCGGGGCCCCUGGUGGAGACCAUGCUGCGGCGCUCGGCGCGCCACCUCAUGGAGGGCAAGCACCUGCUGGUGGUGGGCGCAGGCGGUUACAGCAAGAAGUUCGUGUGGGAGGCGGCCCGGGACUACGGGCUCAAGCUACACCUGGUAGAGUCAGAUCCCAACCAUUUUGCCUCUCAACUGGUCCAGACCUUUAUCCACUUUGACGUGACAGAGCACCGGCGCGAUGAAGAGAAUGCCCGGCACCUGGCAGAGCUGGUUCGGGCCCGGGGCCUGCAGCUGGAUGGCUGCCUCUCUUACUGGGACGACUGCCUGGUGCUGACAGCCUUGCUCUGCAAGGAGCUGGGCCUCCGGGGCUGCCCCCCAGCUGCCAUGAGCCUGGCAAAGCAGAAGAGCCAGACGCAAUCUCAUCUGCUGCGCUGCCGCAGCCCUCGCUGGCCUGCCCCAUCCCUCUAUGCGGUGCCCUGCUGCCCGCUGGAGGUCCCUGAGGAUGUGGAGCGCGCUGCCCGGCUGGUGCCCCUUCCUGGGGUCAUGAAACUGGAGUUUGGAGCAGGCGCGGUGGGUGUGCGGCUGGUCCAUGAUGCCUCUCAAUGCCGGGCCCACUUCGCCAAGAUCUCCCAGGACCUGCAGGGGGAGGCUGACCACCCUGGCAUCGGGCUGGGCUGGGGCAAUGCCAUGUUGCUGAUGGAGUUCGUUGCAGGCACAGAGCAUGACAUAGACGUAGUGAUAUUCUCAGGGAAGCUGCUGGGGGCCUUCGUCUCUGAUAACGGCCCCACCCGCCUCCCGGGCUUCACGGAGACGGCAGCCUGCAUGCCCACGGGGCUGGCCCCGGAGCGGGAAGCCCAGCUGAUCCAGGCUGCCUACCAGUGCUGCCUAGGCUGUGGGCUGCUGGACGGCGUCUUCAAUGUGGAGAUGAAGCUGACCGCUGCGGGGCCUCGGCUGAUUGAGAUCAACCCCCGCAUGGGGGGCUUCUACCUGCGGGACUGGAUCCAGGAGUUGUAUGGGGUCGACCUGUUGCUGGCGGCUGCCAUGGUGGCCUGUGGCAUCCCACCCGCCCUGCCUGCCCAGCCCAGAGCCCGGGCCUACCUGGUGGGAGUCAUGUGUGUGGUAUCCCAGCACCUGCAGGCGCUCAGCUCUACGGCCAGCCGGGAGGCUCUCCAGGCCCUGCACGAGCGGGGCCUCAUCCGCCUCAACCUGCUAGAGGAGGAGCUGGUACCUGGAGAGUACGAGGAGCCUUACUGCAGUAUAGCCUGCUCGGGCAGCAGCCCCACCGAAGCCCGACAGCGCCUGCUAGGGCUCUGCCAGGGCCUGGGCAUCGACUCCCCAAACUAUCCCGUAGCCCAUUUCUUGUCUCAUUUCAAAUAGCAGUGGGGGCAGGGGGAGGGGGCCCUAGGGCAAGGCCAUCAUUAGCUGGGAAGGAAGAGGGGGUGGAGUCCCAGGGUAGGCUGUCCCAGACCGGAGAGGAAAGGGGUGGGGCCCCAGGAUAUCGGUGGGUCCUGGGAAGGAGGUAGGGCUCUCCAAAGAGUCCAGCAUUGACUGGGGAAGGCAGGGGUGGGGCCCCCAAAGUAAAUGUCCGGGAGGAAGAGGGCAGCGCUUCCAAGAGAGGAUAUCGAGAUUCGGAAAGCCCCCUGAGGGGCUGAGAUGGAGAACGGGGUUGGGGGGGGAAGGUGGAGGGGUGGGGGAGAAGGAGAGAAUUCUUCUCUUUCUCAUCUUUAGCUUGGCGCGGAUAAGUACACUGCUCUGUGGCCAAGCUGAACUUUAUUUUUGCCUUCUAGAUAAAAGUUUGGGAGGCAGCUUACAGAUCCAUCCCCCAGCCCUCCUAUUUCCCCCUCAAGGGCUCUACCAGCGGAUAAGUGACUGCCCAAAGUCCCUGGGGUCUAGGAGUCAGGCCUUGAACCCAGCCCACCUUACUACAUCAACCCUCUCUCAGCAGUCUCUCGGCCAGGCCGGCCCCCUCACCCACUGCACCCUCAGCCUAUUCCACCUCUCAGGUCCUUUAGGCCCUUCCUUUCCUCCCCCUGACCCAGACUCUUUCCUGGGGCCUGAGGCGCCCCAUGCUUCCACUGGCAGGGAAAGCCUCUCAAACCUGGAGCUGCUUUUUCCUCUUUCCUCCCUCUGGCUGGAAUGAAUGCCCCCUGCUGCACCCCCUCCCAAUCCCAAGGCCAGAUCAGCUGUCACUCUUCUCCCCUCCUCCUAUACCUCCCAUUCUCUAAAACAGCAAGGAUCCGGGACAGUCUUCUACAUCUCCAGUUCUCACUGGGCCCUAGGAAGGAUGCUGGACAGAAAUUGUUAGUCUCCUGCGACAUCACCCUUCCCCUGACAGAGAUGUACCUCUCAGGGAGGACAGUGGCAAUGGCCCCUAAGUCCUGGGCUGUGCUCAGAAGAAACCCCACAGGUGUCAGUGACUAAACUCAGAAGCUCAGAGCUCCUUCCUUCUCCCCCUCGCUGGGGCUCAGCCCCUGUGCUAACAAGUCUGGGAGUAGGUGCUCUUGGGGGGACUUGCCUGCUUUAGUCAUCCUAGAAAUCCACAGCUUUAACAUGGCUCCCCCUCCCCCCAAGCCUCUUCCCCCUAGUCUUUCUGCCCUUAGGUCAGGCCUUCUAGCUUCAUUAAAAGUCUUAUUUUCAAGCCCAAUGUUAAUGACUUGGCUGCUCACUGGGACCAUCUCAGUUCCCAGUGGAACCCCCUCCCCACUAAAAACCGGCGUAUGGCUGCCCUACUGCUUCUACCAACCUGCUUCUAGUCCAAGGGUCACUCAAAGGGAGCCCAAAGUCCUGAACUGGAAGUAGGACACAAGCAAUCGUCUCGCUUGACCAGGAGGCUCAGAGGGGGAAAGUGCUAGCCCAGAGUCUCAAGCUGGGCACAGAGUAGCUCCUAGGACUCAGCCAGAAUAGAUUUACCAGAGAGUCUAAUCCAACAUUCUCAUUUUACAGAUGGGCAAACUAAGGUCCAGAGAGGGACAGGGCAAAGCUAACUAGGGACACAGCUGGGUCUCCUAGCUCAGGGCUCUGCCCUCUCCCCUUCCCUGGAGUGACCCUACCACACAGGAGGGCUCUGCUUGCCGCCUGGCCCUCUAGUCCUAGGUUCGCAGAAAACUCGGAGGUGCCCUUUAAGCAAUCGUCUCCUCUAGACUUAAAGUCUCCAUGACGUCACCCUUUCCUUGGCAACGUUCCCAGCAGAGAAGUCACCCAGCGAGCCCACAAGCCGGCCGGGGACCGGGCGGACCACUGCGCCUGCGCCAACGUAUUUGUUUUUGCUUUUUUUUUUUUUUAAUUCUCUUGCUGUAACACUCGGAGAAGAGCACCUGGUAAAUAAAGUCGCUGUGAAGGUC